CAUGGAUCUUAAACACAUCUUAUUCUUUAAUGCUUGAAACAAGUGGAUUGUCACCUAAAGCAUGUGGUUCUUCAUUUCUGUGUUGUCUCCUAACACUGAUGAUUGUCUUUGUGUUUUGCUGUCAAAUCUUGGCGCCGCCACAUGACGCCUCUUCUUCUACACCUCUUAAAUCAUCUCACAGCUGCAAGUUUUGAGAAGACUGAAGAAGAACAAUGGGAAAGGAAAGGAGCUCAGGAGAUACAGGAAAUGUAUUAUGUGACAGAACAAGUACCUUUUACAGAAGCUGUCUGGGAGCGUGAACAAGUAGUAGAAGAACAUGCUGAAGUCUGGUAUGAAGAUGUGGCUCCACUGGACAGGGCAGUGGUGGUAUUGGUAGAAACAGAUGUCUUAAGUACAACAGAAACACAGAGCCAACAAGAUAACAGGUCUGAAGUGAGAGGUGAGCUAUCUGCUACUGAUACUUCAAAGAGGAAGGAAAGCAGCGUGGCUAAACAAAGAAUCAGCCUGAAAAAACCCCAAGCUGUAGUUUUAGCCCAGGACUCUGAAUCGAAGCUCACAAUACUACAAGAUAAACCUUCAAAAGAAAAAACAGAGUAUUUUGUCAAGGCAGUUGAGUCACCAAGCAAAGAAAUUACAGAUGAAAGGAAAGACAGUGCAUCAGUUAGCCACCAACAAGACAAAAAAGCUAUCGCCAUACACGAAGCCAGCUUUGAACCUAAAAAGAGAGCGAAGAGCACUGAAACAGAAAGCAAAGAGAGACGCGCGAAAGAAAAAUCCGAGGAGCCUACUUCAUUCAAAGAGAAGGAAACACUGAAAGAUGUCACGGUGGUGACAAAGGCAGAUGAAACCAAACCUUCCUCGGUUGUGAUCACCACAGAAGCAAGAAAACUGACUGAAAACCUGGAAGCUGAAACAAAGGCUUUAGCUGAAGUCACCUUUAAGGAAGCAGUUGAUCGUGACGUAUCAGUGACUCCACAUGAAAAACACAGCAAUGAAGUUUCAGAGAUGACAAGAGCGCUGAGGGAAGACACAGUUAAAGGUAAAGAAGCAACAAUCGUUCCCACUGCAGUGAAAAUGGAAGAAAAGAGAAAACAGGAAGCACUUGUCACCCCUGAACGUGAGCAAAGUGCACACAAAGUGUUUGAAAAGAAAACGGAGAAAAAGAUGAAAUCUGAGGAAAUGUUUUAUGCAGAAACAGAGAUUGUUGCAGUAAAACCCUCAGUAACAGAUACUGACGUGACAAAAAUGAUCAAACAGGGGUUGGAAUUUGAAUCUGUUUCUGCAAAAACUGAACUCAAAUACAAGAUGACAAAGGAAACAAAAGAAUCUUUAUCCGAGGAUCCUCUUCAGACAGCUCCUUCAGUGCCAUUAAAGCCAGACGAGAAAAGGAUUCCUUCAAAAAAGUCUUCCAGAGAAACAGAAGACACGAUUCUCACUGCUGCUCCUGAUGCUUUGUCGCCUGAAACACAAGUUGCAGCUAAAACAGAAAGAAUAGAGAGAGGUAAAGUCGCAGCACAUUUCACAUCUUUUUACAGCAGCGUCUGUCUUACUUAACUAAAAAUGUUUGUGUCUGUAUUUUUUACUGUGAUCUCUUUGCACCACUACACUUCACGCCAUUUAAAUUUCUCAAUGUCAAUGCGAGAAAACAUCUUCUACAAAGAAGAGAAGAGGAAGCAACAAACCACAAAGAUAAUGACGACACUGUAGGCAAGGAUAUUGUUUCUGUACGGCAAGAGGAGAUUUUAAGAACUAUACAAGAACCCAACAAAGUGUCAGGGUAAUAAAAUAAAUGUCAUGGUAACAUUUCUGUCACUAAUGGUUUGAAGACAAAUUAAGUUAUUCUUAAAACUAAGGAAAAGGUGAAAAAUACAAGAAAAUUGUCAGUUAAUAAAAAGUCCAUCUCCAGAAAAGAUCACAUGACCAAGGAGAGAAAACGUUACAGGCUGGAAUUAGUGAAACAUCUGCAAAAUCUCAAUAAACUGAAACAACAGAAGAUAUUUUUUCUAUGUUUUCAAUGAAAAACAGGACAGAAUUAGAGGAAUUAAACUUGAAGAAGACCAGUUCAACAAAGAAACACACUGAGAGAAACCUCAUGUUUAGGCCUUUAAUGGAAGACGAAGUCUAAGAAUGAAGUUCAAUACAUCUUCAAAGAAACCAGAUUCUUUGAAAGACCGAGGACAGCAAAGACAUCCAGUCUAAACUGAAUGUGAAAAGACAAUUUUAUCACCAUUAAUACAAAGCAGCAACAAACGGAAAGAAAGGGUUCAAUGAUCCCUGCAAUGGAUCUGCAAAACAAUUAACUGCAGAGGAGCACGAGUUUUUAUUAGAGCCUCUAGUAAAAUAUAUUUUCCCAGAUGAUACUGUAAAAGUGAGUUUUAUAUGAAAGGCAAAUCUGCAGAAGAUGAGCAGCAGAAAUCUGGUGAAAAUGAUAAAUCAAAGGUAAUAAUAGGAGAAAUUCAGUCAAAGUGAAGAAGACACUGAAAGCA